UUAGGUCUCGUCGUCUGGUCUUCUGUGUGGUUCACCUUCCCAGAUUUCGUUGAACACAUUUCCACUGAGAACGGGACACACACGUGGCCUGCUGUUUUCUGCGUGGGGAGUGCGAUGUGGAUCCAGCUGCUGUACAGCGCCUGCUUCUGGUGGCUGUUCUGCUAUGCGGUGGACGCCUACCUGGUGAUCCGCAGAUCUGCGGGACGGAGCACCAUCCUGCUCUACCACCUCAUGGCCUGGGGCCUGGCCACUCUGCUGUGUGCGGAGGGAGCCGCUCUGCUCUACUACCCCUCGGUGUCCAGGUGUGAGAGGGGCCUGGACCACGCCAUCCCCCACUACGUCACCACGUACCUCCCGCUGCUGCUCGUCCUGGUGGCCAACCCCGUGCUGUUCCACAAGACUGUGGCUGCAGUGGCGUCCUUACUGAAAGGAGGACAAGGCGUUUACACGGAGAAUGAGCGGCGGAUGGGGGCCAUGAUCAAGAUCCGAUUUUUCAAAGUCAUGCUGGUCUUAACUGCUUGUUGGUUGCCCAAUAUCAUCAACGAAAGCCUUUUAUUCUACCUUGAGAUGCAACCAGAUAUCAAGGGAGAGUCUUUGAGACGCAUCGGAAACGCAGCUAAGACCACGUGGUUUAUUAUGGGGAUCCUGAACCCAGCACAAGGAUUUCUCUUGUCCCUGGCCUUUCACGGCUGGACAGGGUGCUGCCUGGAUUUCCAGUCCCCCAAGAUGCCGAUCCAAUGGGAAUCCGUGACAACUUCGGCUGCCGAGUGGCCCUGCCAGCCCCCCGAGAGCUCCUGUGUGCCUGGUGAGAAGCCGGCUUCCAGCAAGGUAGUGAACGUCGGCGGGCACACUUCCGACGAGGCCCUGAGCAUACUGUCUGAAGGUUCUGAUGCCAGCACCAUUGAAAUCCACACUGCAAGUGGGUCCCGUGGUGGAAAUGUCCUGAACGCUGUCCCCCAAGCCCAUGGAGACCUGUGAGUGGGAGUGACAGGCUCCAGACCCAUCGCCCUCAGACUCUUCUUAGUCUUUAGCAUCUUUGGCUUUUCAUCCCAGGCGGCCGAGGUCAGCACACCCCAGCUUCUUCCUUUUGGCGGCCGGAAGAACCGUGAGCAGGUGUGUGGCAAUAAGAAUCCAUUCUCCGCCCUUUGCCCGCUUUUCUGAGGCUGGGUGUAGCAUCCAGUAUAAGAUCCCCAGUCUUGGAAAAGCAGUUAAAUAAAGUCUUUGUGAUUGCUCCAGGUUGACUUGGACUCUGUCCCUGGGGAACAAACGCUCCUCUGUGAGGCUGCGAGGCCCAGCAUGGUGGAGUUGUGCUUCUCACUCCCUGCAGGGGGCGCCACUUGGGUCCCUAGGUGUCUAUGCCGUCCCAGAAGCUGACCUAGCUUGGGUCCUUGGUGCUAUCUCCAUCAUUCCAUUUACCGAGAUCAUCUGUUACCUGUCUCUGCACAUGCUGCCAUUUAUGGCUUUGUCUUCUACACGGACCCGAGUCGGAGGCCUCAGGGAGACGUGAAAGAGUUUGAUUUCUGAGGAGGCAACUGCAUUGGCUUUCACUGAUGUGCUAGAGAGAGGAGCCCAGGAUAUGUGCAUGCUGCACUU